CUUAAUUGGCUAAUGAUGAGGCUAGUUAUGACGUCAUCCCUCUAAGCUGCUGCACGCCGACAGCCCCCUCCUCUCCUCCAACACCUCCUCCUCCUCCGUCUUUCUCUCCUACCCCAUCCAACAUGGCCGCUAAGUCUGAUGGAGCAGCGGUGGCUGUGGAAGAUGACAACCCGCCCAGGAGCCUCUCGGAGCCGGGCCACGCCGCCGCCUCCACCCCCGCUACCGCCGCCGCCGCCGCCGCCGCCGCCGCCGCCCGGCCCCGGCGCGGCCCCGUCGGCGGAGAGGCUUACACGCUGCUGGACUGCUGCUGGGUGCUGUGCGCCCUGCUCGUCUUCUUCUCCGACGGCGCCACCGACCUGUGGCUGGCCGCCGACUACUACCUGCGAGACGACUACUGGUGGUUCGGCCUGACCCUCGUCUUCGUCGUGGUGCCGUCCGCCGUCGUGCAGGUUCUCAGUUUCCGGUGGUUCGUGUACGACUACACGGAGCUGAGCGGCGGGGACGGAGGGGCGGCGAGCGGCGCAGCGGCAAGCGCGACGACCGGGGACGCCGCUUUAGGCACCAAGGACAGUGACCAGCGCGGCGCGGGCGCGGCAGCGGCGAACGCCGCCAACGCCACCGCCGCCGCCGCGUCUUCCUGCUCGCCUGCGGCGGCGGCGGCAGAGAGAGGCGGGCGACCCCGGAGAUGUUGCACCGUGUGCAUGUGGGUCUUUCAGUCGGUGCUGCACGUCUUACAGCUUGGACAAGUAUGGAGGUACAUCCACGCCCUCUACCUGGGCGCCCAGAGUCGUUGGCACGGCGACAGUUCCCGCCACCGCUUCCACUGGCGGCUGAUGUUCGAGAGCGCUGACAUCACCAUGCUCCGCCUCCUGGAGGCCUUCCUCAAGUCGGCACCACAGCUCGUCCUCCAGCUGAGCAUCAUGAUCCACGGAAACGCAGUCCUGCCGCUGCAAGGUCUGUCAGCCUCGGCCUCCCUUGUGUCUCUGGCCUGGAUGAUCGCGUCCUACCAGAAAGUUCUGAGGGACUCACGAGAUGACAAGCUGCCCAUGUCCUACAAGGCUGUCAUCGCCCAGAUCUUGUGGCACCUGUUCACCAUCGGGGCCAGGACGGUGGCCUUCGCCCUCUUCGCCUCAGUCUUCCAGCUCUACUUUGGAAUCUUCAUUGUCAGUCACUGGUGUAUAAUGACCUUCUGGAUCAUCCAAGGCGAGACGGACUUCUGCAUGUCUAAGUGGGAGGAGAUCAUCUACAACAUGGUGGUUGGCAUCAUCUACAUCUUCUGCUGGUUCAACGUCAAGGAAGGGCCCAGUCGCCUCCGCAUGACCGUCUACUACACCGUGACGCUGGCCGAGAACGUGGCGCUGACGGCUGCCUGGUACACCUACCGCGGCCCCCACACCUCUGACUCCUACGCCCUGGUGGUGGUGUGCCUGGUGGCCUGCAGCUUCGCCUUGGGGACCUUCUUCAUGCUAGUCUACUACUGCUGGCUGCACCCGGACGGGCCGGUCCUGGGCACAAAUUGGGCAGGGUGUGUGGACGAGGGCAUGGUGGCUGCAGGCGGGGUGGCUGGCGUCAUCGAUGCCUGCCUCACCCCCUCUCAAGGUUCGCAAACAGACAUGGUGAUCACCAGUCCUCCCAGGACUCUGCCCAGGACUAAAGACACAGGGGACAUGAUUCCAGGUGAGCAGGAUAGGGACAGGGACAGGGAUCGGGACAGUUGCCUGCCAGUCUUUCAGGUACGUCCGUCCCCUUCAUCCUCGCCGGCACUCCUCCACAGGACCUCCUCCUCACAGGAGGGCCCUGUGAUCCGUAUCGACCUCCCGAGGAAAAGGUAUCCGGCUUGGGAUGCCCACUUUAUUGACCGCCGUCUCCGCAAGACCAUCCUACUUCUGGAGACCACGUCGGCGGUCAGUCCCAGGAUACAAUACAGGAGUAGCAUGAUGGGAAGCAAAGAGGUGCUUGAGUACGAGACCACGGUUUAAGCCAACCACGGAGCUUUUCAGUUUGGAAACAUAGUCUGGGAUUAAGGCAUAGCCUUCGGCCGUGCACAGACUGCCCACGCCAGGAGACGGGGAACUAUUUUUACACGAAAAAUGGCUGUCAAAACGUGAUAGUAAAAUGUGAAGCGCAAUCGUGGCAAAGGGUGACCCGGCCCAGGAUAAGGCGGCAAUGGUGAACCGAUGAGGGAGAAAGGACUUCAUUCUUCACCGUCACAAUGAGAUUAACGAGACGAUGCAUGAACACCUCAGACUGUGGAGACCAACCUAGGAAAACAAAAAAGAGUUCCGAGGUUAGCGGGGACACAUGCAGUUAUUGUGGUAUUUACUGACACAGCCUCUCUCACACGGCUCCGGCAUUUAUCCGCCUUUGCCUUUUACACAGAACCACGCCAAGGGUGGCAUAGCACACAGCAAUACAAACAUCCCACAGUCGGAUAAUCACAUGACGUCAGCAUCAGUGUCUGGUGUACUUCCAACACAACAGGGCAGAGAUUCUUUUACAAACAAGCCAACCCCGCCGCCCCCACGUUCCGUGUUUAACGCAGCAGCAAAAAGGUGCAAAAAUGCCGGAUUUGACCGCCAGUGUGGAAGGGGCUGGUUUGAUGAAAAUCUGGCUUUGGUGUUAAAAUGGAUAGAAAAUGUGGAGUUAAGCUAUUGAUCUGACUACAAGACGACCCUCUUCUCUACAUACUACAGGGUUCGUAGUCAUGUGGAAGAAUUGGGACACCCCAUGGGAUGGUGUUAGCUCGUACUGCUGAACUGCUGCUCGCUAAAGUGUGACAAUUUGUCAAAACAUGCACCGCUAUGGUGUUGCCUUCGCUACUAUUUUUCUUACAAAUAGACGACACGGUGAUGCCGUUAUUAAGCCCCAAGGUUUCUCACAGAGUCCAAUGUGUUCUACAAAACACCCACCGUAUCUUUAGAGUGUUUGGCCCAAUCACCACCAAACUCGGUACACACCUCUAUAGGACUGACACGUACAUGUGUGUGCAAUUUGAGCAAGAUUGUGUUUGUGCUUCUGGCCUUAGACCAAGUUUCACCGAGACAACUCAGAUGGUAACAAUUCAUUUUUUGACGCCUCCAGUGGAUUGCACGUUCCUUGCAACCUUUAACAACCUCUAAAAGGCUGUGACGGGGUCUGAGAGGAAUCUCCUUGAAGCUUAGCGGAGGCUACAAGUGUUUACGUCACAUGACCGAGGCCUGGCGGUGAUGUCCAGUGUUAGCUCUGAGCCACCUCACACUGUUGUACAGUCCAGUAAAUACAAAUGUCAGAUAUAAGCUACGUAGAAGACGUUGUAGUUACCGUAGGUGACCAGUGACUCCAAGCGCUCGGCAGAGUCGAAAUGUCCAUACAAGUUUCAAAAAAACAAUCCUUCUGUCAAUACACUUCAGUAAGUAUACUGAAUACACUUUCUUCCUGAAUGUGCAAAUGUUUGCGGUUUCGUGCUGCCCCGAAUCAAUGACAUUGGUCCCUCCGUUUUUGUCGGGUUAGGGUUAGGGUCAUUCCAAAAGGUCAAAACCAAAACAUACAAAAACCGAGGCAAUUUUUUUCCCAUACCAAAUAAUGUCCGUGCAUCCAUCCACCUCAGCCUAAAGAGGGAAGCCCAGAUUUCCCUCUCCCCGGCUACUGUAUCCAUUUUCUCCCAUGUAUCCCAAGGCCUUCCCAUGCCAGUUGAGACAUAGUCUCUCCAACGUGUCCCAGGUCUUCCCUGAGGCCUCCUAUCAGUUGGACGAACACCAGGCAGGCAUCCUGGAGGUAUCCUGACCACAUCCCCGAGCCACCUUAUCUGGCUCCUCACAAAGCAGAGGAGUUCCUCCAGCCACCCUACGGAUAAAACUAAUUUGGCCAGCUUGUACUCGUGAUCUUGUCCUUUGGCUCACUCCCCGAGGUUCCUACCUGACCAUAGGUCCUGUAUAGGAACGUAGAUGGACUUCUAAAUUGAGAGCUUUGCCUUCGGGAUGCGCUCUCUCUUCACCGCAACGGACCGAUGCAGAGUUUGCAUCACUGCUGACACCGCACCAGUCAGCCAGUCGAUCUUGUGAACAAGACCCCAACGUACUCCAUGUCCUUCACUUGGGGCAGGAUCUCAUCCCCAACUCGUCGAUGGCACUAAACCCUUUUCCGAGGGACAACCAUAGACUCGGACUUUGAAGAGUUGAUUCUCUUCCCUCACACUCGACUGCGAAGCAAUCCGGUGAAAGUCGAAGAUCCAGGCCGCUGAAGUCGCAAAAAACAGAGACCCAAACCUGCAGCCACCAAAUCGGAUCCCUUCAACGUCCUGGCUCCUGAUGGGAAAAUUCAUACAAAAACUGGUGCAUUGGAAAACCCAGGUUUACCGGUCAUGACCAUCACAUUAUUCACUCGCUUUUUCAUCUUCUUCCUCUCUGCUUUUUACGUUUGGAAUAUUCUGGUGGUCACUCGCCUUCCGCUACAUUGCCAAGAUGGCCGUUAUCAAGGGUGCUGAGUGUCUCCGUUGGCGCACUUGCGUACUUAUACUUAGCUUUUGAGUACAUAAGUGCAGUGCACUGUCCGUACCCGGACACUGACCACCCGCGAUAGUCGCCAUCUUGGCAUAAUUCCACCUCAUUUGACGCAGGGUGAGUAGUUCCCUGAACAGACAAAUGGUAUGUAAAAAAAUGCAAAAAAGACAUCUUUGUGAUGAAGCAUCAUCGGUGGAUAAGCGUGGAAUGUCUCACUUUCGCUUUCUGUGCCAGUGUGAACGCAAGAGAGACUCCCGAGGCGGGUCGUCAUCUUUGAGAAUGUACAUAACGAUGGCAGAGGGAGGGGGUUAGGGGGAGGGAGGUCACAUGACACAUGAGACUGAAAAGUUGGACAUCAGUGUUGUUGUGGUGACGAAACUUUAUGGUGCUGCAAACUCUUAUGCCGCCCCCACCGCCCCCCUCCAUCAUGUGAGACAUGAUACGCUAAUGUACAGAAGUUGUGGGCGGGGCUUGGCUAACGAACCAAUCCUGUGGUGUUUGCUGUGGUGAUUAUUUAUUAAUAACUUGAACUUUACGGAAAAAAUAGCAUUCUGUUAAUUGAUGCAAGUAUUUAUGUUUAUUUUUCUAUUUGUUUUAUACUUACAUUCAUUCUUGUUUAAUCACUCGGUGGCCAUGUCUUUGGUAUAUGAAGAUGUACAAAGUAGAUUUUUUUUUACUCAUUGCGUCUAUACAGUAUGUACAUAACAGACUAGUGUGUGUGUGUGUGUGUGUGUGCGUGUGUGUGUUGUUUGUGAAGUGUGCGUGUGGGCAAGGGAUUUUUUUUUUCCUGACGGUGUUAUAAUUAAAUGAGAAAACUAUAAAAGAGCUCAACAAGCUGUGCUGAUAACUGUAGAUGGAAACAAUUACUGUAGUAAACAUGGCUGAACAGCAGGGGGCGUGUGUCUGCGUCUUAUUCCACUGACGUGGUGCGUUUUUGGCAUGGUUUGUUUAUUGA